CCAGGCCUUCCUGCACACCCCGCAGUUCUGAAAACCAGACAGACACGAUUGCGCGGCUUGGCACAGCCUGCUCUGGCUGUAGUCAUCCCUGAGCAACAUCUCCGUGUGCCGUAUGCUUGCGAAUUUGGAAGCUGGCCACUUCUGCCACCACCUCCACCAGUUCAUAUGGCAGACGAAGACCGAUGCAGCUCGCAGUCAGGUACAUUAUCAAGCAAGAUCAGUCUGUUGGACUAUUAUGCAAGCUCAGAUAGUGGUGCAUCACCUCAGGCCAUUUUUGUGUCUCCGGCUCCAUGUUUCCCAGAAACUGCUCGAGAUUCCGUCGGAUCAGAAGCCUCACGACGCACUUCGUUCGAGAGCAAUCUUCCAGACGAGCUGACGCCACCAGAGGAGGACGAUAAGCGCUUGUCUGCUGUUGCUGAAUCACCAAUUUCUCACAUACGAUAUCCAAGAAUCCCAAGGUCGAGCAAUCAAGCAGUUCCCAGGUCGCCAAUGUACUCCGGCUACCCUGCUACAGCCAGUAGCAAGACGGUCACUCCGGGAUGUCAGCAAAUGAGAAAUCAUAGGCCGUCACUGAGCAGCUCGACCUUGGCCGCGAAGCGCAGAGGCGAAACAGCUGCGAACGACCUCCAAAAGAGUAUAUACAUCUCCAACUCUGCUUACUGUUCUCGCCCGCGG